AUGAACACCCAGCCAGGCGUCCUGCAUCUGGAGAUGGAAGGGACUCCAUCCAAUGCUCCAGAACCAUCGCAUGGUCCUGUGACAGGAUCAUUGAAGGUUGGUGGAACCCCUGCUGUUGUUUUGUUUUAUGCGGGAGCAAACCAUAGUUUUGUGAGCCAGGUUGUAGCCUCUAGGUUUGUAGGAACCCUUGUGACAAUUGAUGUUUGA